CAAUUCAGGACCCCAGCAUGGUUGGUGUCAACUCACCGAACUGGCACAACGAGACAUGCGAGGACCUAUGCGGGUGUGUCGAGGGGGUUAUGAGGGGCCUAAACAACACCCAGAUCUGCAUGGAGGUCAGAGGUUACCCGUGUCAUCUCCUGAGGCAGUUACUGCGCGCCUCUUCCAAUACGAACUGCAGCGUUGGGAUGGAAGGGACGUGGUUCGAAUGUGACCGAGGAAAGACGCUAUGUGUCGGUGGGGAUAUCGGUGUGGACGAUGAGAAUAACUGCAAUGAGGAGAACUCUUCGUCAGUCUGGUUGGACGGAGGCAACACGGCUUAUCUUGGGUGUGAAACGACCGUCAGCAGCCUAAACGCGAGCGUCUCGUGCGUCCUGUCACGUGACAGGGGCGUAAUGGGCCAGUGUGUAAACAAUGCAGAGUGUCUUUACAAGAAAGAACGAAAGUCCUGUCCGAAACGUUGGGAACCCUUCAAGCGUCACUGCCUCAGUCAAAAUGGUAUCUACGAUCGACUGGAUUGGUUCAGUGCACAGAAUAAGUGCAUGGAGAGCCGGUCACCCAUGCUCACCAUGGAUUCAUUUGAAGAUGUUGAAAUCACACAACUUGAAGAGAAAGGCAUUUUCAAUCCUGGUCAGGGAGUGUGGUUAGGGCUCAUUAGGGAUGCUAACAAUACCCCCUUCCGAUGGAUCGACAAAACUGCAAUCACCUUUGACGAGAGCAAAUGGCCGUGGGCUCCAGGCCACCCUAUGUCGGGGCGCAACUUCGUCUAUAUCCUCGAUGGAAAUUUAUACUCGUCCAUGCCAGGAGAGCCGCAUCUCUACUCGUGUAAGAUGAGAGUGUCGAAGAGUUUAAAAUGUCGACAACCUGAGCUGAUCGACUUACCCAAGACAACCGACUACGAAGUCGUAGAAAUGACGACACUUGAAGAUCCUACCACAAGACCAAAGCGAAAACUUGCAGACGCUUUAUACGAAGAGCUCGAGCAAGUCCGUGGAGUCAUGGAGACGUUUACGAACGACACCAAAGUGAUGAGUGCAGUAGAUUCUCUGAUAUCAGCGUCAUCAUCAGGCCCCGUAGAAGCAAGGAAUAGCGAGGAACAGUCGAACGAUAUCGAGAAAUCGCUGGAUUCUUUGAUGGACAGUUUGGCUGAAAUGAUGAUUGGACCAUCAAAGCCUCUCAUAGUAUCGACUCCAGAAAUCGUUAUGAAGGUGAUGACGUUGUGUGGGGAUUGUGACGAUGACGAAGCUAUUGGUGGACAGCUGGGGAACCAGACCUUCUCACUUUCUCUACCAAAGUCUGUCAAAGCGGCUGGAGCCACAAUAGCCAUUUCCACUGCUAGUCUCCUUCACGAGGAGUUGCCAUCCACGAUAGAAGGAUCCAAGACUGAAAAUACAAUCGGGAGCCUCGUUACUACGAUAUCGUUGCGCCGAUGGGACGGUGAGGCCGUAUUACUCACGGACGAUACGCCGAUGGAACUUACUUUCUCAAAUUUAGAGCCGAAAAAUCAAACAGCGGAGGCGUCAUGUCGGUUCUGGAAGACAGACGGCGUGAAGGGUGGUGCGUGGUCGUCUAAGGGUUGCAGCGUGGCUUCCUCUAACAGCACCCAUACUGUCUGCCAUAUGACACAUCUAACCAGCUUCGCAGUUAUCAUGCAAAUGACCCAUCAACAGGAUCUCCCUAAAUCUCUGGACUACCUGACGUGGGCUGGAUGCGCCUUAUCAAUAACUUGCCUUGCAGUCAUGCUGAUCAUCUUCCUUACCCAAAAGAUGUACCGUGCAGACAGGAACAUCAUUCACAUGAACCUUGCCGUGUCACUGAUGCUCGCGCAGCUCAUCUUUGUCUUCGGUAUCGACAGAACACAGGACAAGAAUCCGCAGGGCGUUUGUAAGACCGUAGGCAUCUUGCUUCAUUUCUUCCUCCUUGCUACCUUCUUCUGGAUGUUGAAUGAGGGGAUAUUCCUCCUGUCUAAGACUACAUCAGCCAAGACGAGAUGGCUGAGAUUGCCAACUUACUUCACCGUCGGAUGGGUAUUUCCUCUGAUAAUAGUUUGCGUGACCAUGGCAGCAUCAUUCGUAUCAUACGACACGGUACACAGGUGCUGGUUAACCGUUGGGAAUGGAGGGAUAUUUGCGUUCAUCGCUCCUGCAGCUGCCGUUAUCUUGAUCAACAUCGGUAUCAUCAUCCAAGUCAUACGAGUGUUCCUGAGCCUCAAAGCCAACAUGAACAAGAAGAAGGUUGAACGAAUAAGGAUUGCUCUACGGGCCAUACUGUUGACCCUGCCUCUCCUUGGCUGUACGUGGUUGAUUGGACUGCUAUCGUUCAACGCUGAUACGUUGGUCUUUGCCUACAUCUUCGUUAUCUUGAAUUCUCUUCAGGGUGUGUUCAUAUUCAUUCUGUACUGCUUACUCAAUGACGAGAUAAAGAAAGGCUUGCAGAAGCGACUAGCAAGCUUGCAGAGUUUGUCCGGGAGGACGACCAACACCAGGACCAGCAGGACUGCCACCGGGGCCAGCAACAACCACCAGCCCAACAGGGUGAACAGUAAGACCGCGCCUGAGGGAUACCAGGAGGCCGUGAAACUUUAGGUCUGGCCUGUAGAUGGUUGCCCAAGGAAGGUGGGGAAGGGGGUUGUUCAAAUACUUGGGUGGGCUAUGACUUUGGAUGAGCAGGACAACGCAAGGGUGUAAGGGGGGGGGGGGGGGUUGUCGAUGCAAGGGAAAUGUCCCCCAGAUACUCUGUCCUCCAUUAUGGCAAGUUAACACGGGCUCGAGGGGGAUUCAAAAGAGAUCAUUAUCAGAAGAAGUGUUUGCACAGUUCGCCGUAUGGGAACAGAAUAUCCUGCCACACCUGCAGCAGAUGAAAUCAAACCUAGUCUUGUUUAAGGAUCUUCGCCUAUAUAGACUUAGACGAACAGAGAAGCGAUUAUCAUUGUAUGUGAAAUCAAUAUCCUGAGUAAUGUCUUAAAACCAAGACUAUUUAAGUAGAACCCGACCAAAGUAAACAAAAAUUUAAAGCUUUUAAGUAUGCAUUAGAUUGACGACGAGAACGUGUGUUGUGGGUUUGAUUGCAUAAUGGUUGAAUGACCUAGGGUCGAUUUCACAAAGAGUUUAGGAGUCCUAACUUUUAGGACUAGUCCUAACUUUUAGGACUAGUCCUAGGGGGUAUAGGCUAGUCCUAAGUUAGGGCGAGAAACUCCAUAAGUCGAGAUGAGACUAUAGUGGAACUCUUCUUGAAAUCCAGCGCUCAAUUUCAUAGAGCUGCUUAAGCCAAUGGUCAAUCACAAUUACUUGCUUAGCAGAAACUUUAUAAGCAAAGUUGCCUGUUGGAACCACUGGCACCGCAACUACAAGAUCGUACAAUGUAUUUACUUUUUAAAUCGACCCUUGUAUGUAUCGCAUAGUUGUAUUGAUUAAAUAUAGGUGUUUUUAAGUGUGAAUAUUUAUACCAAUUAAUAUGUAAUUAUUGCAUCAGAGAUAAUUAACGAUUUUUUUUUUUACAUUAUAUAGUUUAGUGACUCUACGAUGAUGGAAGUAGUCGUGCACGGUAUUUUAUACUCUAGACGUGGGUCAAAAAGUGAAUUAAUGUCCCCAGAGAGUUGGUGCUUUCGAGGGCAGGAAAGGUAUGGUGCUUUCAAAUACUUCUUGCGAUCUAGUUUAGUCCUUUCUCUGUGGUUUAGGUAAUGUCUGAUCAUUGUUUGCAUCAUUGUGUAGUUUUCGGUGUGUCAAAAGGCCAGGGAAACAGUCUGUGCCCUGUUUAAGAUUGUUUAUGAAUUGUAUUCAUUACUACUGGGAGUACGACAAGCUGUGUACAGAUCUUGGGAUCAUAUCAUUUUAAGUAGAGCGUCAUAAAUUUAUGUAACUUUUUUCUUCAAGUGUACGUUGUCGCUUGUAAAAAGAUGUAUUGCUGUGUGAAUAAGAGAAUCUAAUUUCAAUUUAUGUGAAAUGUGAAUGGAAGGUACGACAUUGGUGUUUUCGAAAACUUGAAGAUGUGUCAUGGUUUAAUCUUUUGGAGAGCUCCCUCCCCCUCGAAAGUAUUUCACUUGGAUGGACAUGGCUCUUCCACUAACCAUGGGAAAUAUUACCCCAUCAAAGGGCAAACAACACCAUUUGUCCCUGGCUUUUCCAAUCACUCACAAAAAAAAGAUCCUAGUAGAUGGAUUUGUCAAUUAUCUUUCAACUUCAGAAGUCAAAAUAUGUUUAGCUAACAAAGAGAAGAAAACGAGUCUUUCUUACAAAUAAAAAAUUGCCCAACCCCUACCCUAGGCCAGGGAUACAAGGUCAGAGGUCCACCCGAAGUGAGAGGGCUACAAGGAAAAUGUAGAGAAGACAUGUGUUCACAUUCCUUUCAAACUGGAAAAGGUUAUAAGAUGCAAAACAAGUAGAAGUUCUAAAAGUUCAUCAGAUACCAGGCAGCUAGCAGAACGUGUCACAAUACAAGUCUUUCGAACAGACAGUGAAGGGUGAGAAGAUGCAGUAAAGCAUACUGCCACCAGGAAUAUUGCCCUCUUUGAGAGGGCAAUAUUUUAUUUGGCAAAGGGCAGGUCUAUUGAAAAUCUACAGGUUUGUGGGAAGUUUGAAGAGGCACAAAGGCAAAGCCCAGGGGCAAGGGAGGCCGUUUUGCACAGGGCUUUCCUAUUGGGGGGGGGGGGGGGGGGGAACUGAAGGUUUGUGGGAAGCUUUUGAAGGGGCACUUAGACCAAAACAGGGGCAAAAGAGAACAUAGCCUCAAGUAGUUCCAGCCCUGUGAAGGUUCAUACAACCAGCGAGACUUUCUGAGCACAUGCCACAACUUCCCCAAGACCCAUAACCAACACCACCAUUAAUUUUGUACAUGGCAUGAGCCAUUUUUUCAUAAGGGUAACAACCAACAGCAGGAUCUGUUAACUUUUCGACUUCAGUGAACUUAUGUGAUCACCAAAAUGUGAACUAUAUUGAACCUUCCUGUAAAGAAUGUAAUUGCCUUAAUUUAUGAAUAUAUUAAAAAUAGACUCAACAUUUUAAUUGUAAAUUAAAUCGAUAAAAUGCCUUAACUACAUGUGUUUAGAAAAUAUUAAUGAAGACGUCAUGUCUGAAUAAUUCUUAUGACUGUAGAUAUGAAAAAGUGGAAAGAGUUUUUAAUCUUGCGAAUUUUAAAGUAAAAAUUUAACUCUGCAUUAUUAUAAGCACUGCAUAAUUUAUUUUUCUGUUUGAAUUUAAUAAAUCACUGAUUAUUUGAGGCAAAUAAA